CCCAUUCCCCCCAUUUUUUCCAGUCAAAGGUGUGAAUUUCUACGGCCCCAAGAGCGAGUUCGUGGUGAGCGGCAGCGACUGCGGCCACAUUUUCCUCUGGGAAAAAUCCUCCUGCCAGAUCGUGCAGUUCAUGGAAGGCGACAAAGGCGGAGUGGUGAACUGCCUGGAGCCGCACCCUCACCUGCCGGUGCUGGCCACCAGCGGGCUGGACCACGACGUCAAGAUCUGGGCUCCCACGGCCGAGGCUCCCACCGAGCUGCGGGGCCUCAAGGAGGUGAUCAAGAAGAACAAGGUGGAGCGGGACGAGGACAGCCUGCACCACACGGACAUGUUCGACAGCCACAUGCUCUGGUUCCUCAUGCACCACCUGCGCCAGCGCCGCCACCACCGG